UGGAGAAUUCAUGUACAUCUUUCAGAUCAACUGUUGGUUUGCGAAUAUAUUUGAAUACUGAUCAUAUAAUUUUUGGAACCUUGUCUUGUUAUUUAAUAACUUAACUGCUAGCACUGAGGUAAAUAUUCGUGAUAUUGUAUAAUCAGGGAAUAUAGUUUGUCCUGAAUCUCAUGCAAGAUGCAAGAACUCAGCUCGUGUUAGUCCAAAAGCUGUAAACGUAUUUUGUUUCGUCAAUGUAAGGCUGUUUUAUAUAUCUAACGAUCGAAAAUGAGGGCAGUGGAGGAGGCGUGUUGUGUUGUCACAGUAUCUGAGACGCCCCUGAACUUCAGUUCUGGAUCUCAGAAUAAAGCAAUGAGUUGUAGUGGAGUUUUUCUAAAUUGCCAGUCUGGUAUUGUACUCUGUACUGGCAUCAUAUUUUCUCGCUUUGUAAAUAAUAGACAGUCCACGAGGAAAGACUUAAAGAUAUUGCGUCCUGACAGUUUCAGUAAAAAUAUGAAAAUUUAUGUAGAUUACACAGGAAACUAUAGCACCAACCAGCCGUGUGUAAUGGACCGACGCAACAUGAGCCGUCAAGAGGCUCAACUGUUAAUGCUGAUAAAUUGUGUGGAGUUUCAAAAUGCAUUUCACCAAAUCUUCAAGGAGGCAGAAAAGUGGGGCUUUUAUAGCGCUAGUGAGGAUACAGAGGUUCUGGAAGACUCCAGGUUUUUAAGUUGGUUUGCACUUCUUCGGAUGCCCACUUUAUCCACCAAUAGUGAAUCUGUUUCAUGGAUGAAUAGUGGUACUCUUCAAAAGGGACUUCCUGUUAUUGCUUGUGGGUCUCCAUUUGGUGGUCUCUGUCCAGAUAUCUUUAUGAACACCAUCAGUAAAGGUAUUGUGAGUAAUCUGACAGGAGAUGAGAAUGCGCUGAUCCUGACCGAUGCCCGCUGCUUGCCUGGCACUGAAGGAGGUGGCCUGUUUGUUUGUGACAGAGAUAGUUCUUACCUUGUGGGUUUGAUUGUUUCACCACUAUGCUGGAAAUCAAAUGAAUGGAUUGGCCUGACACUAGUGUGUUCUGUUCACUUAAUUCUGAAAAACAUGCUACAGGCUGUUGCCUGUCAGGAGUCACUGAAAGAAAUUUCAUCACAGUUAAUUACUGACUCUCUUCAAGCCCCAUCGUCUGCAAACCAAUGUUCGAGAUCUGAACACUACCCUAUUGUGGCACUGAUCGAGACUGGCCAGGUGUGGGGUUCUGGUGUCCUGCUAAACCAGCAUUUGGUUCUGACCUGCAGGCAUGUAGUGAAUGAAAGGUCUGUGCUUACAGUGAGAAUCAACUUUGGAGGAAGAUUUCAUGCAGUAAGAGGAAAGGUGCUGUAUUCGUCACCACCAUCAUCUCCCUAUGAUACUGCUGUUGUGGAGCUUCAGGAGUCCCUCUCAAACAUAGUAGCACCCCAGUUUGCCACAUACUUUCACCCAGGUGAAGAUGUAGUUGUUGUGGGUUAUGGGGCUUUAGGGAGGACCUGUGGUCCUUCCUUGACCUCAGGAAUCUUAUCCAGAGUUUCCACCCAUCAGUCACAGCCUGUGAUGCUGCAAACUACAUGUGCAGUGCAGUCUGGAGCCAGUGGUGGUGCCGUUGUUCGCUAUGGCACUGGGGAGUUAUUAGGUAUUGUUUCCAGCAACACAAGAGACUUCACAGCAAAAGUGACAUAUCCCCACCUUAACUUCAGCAUCCCUUUGACAGUUCUGGAACCUCUGCUGAGACGUUUUGCUCAAAAUGGAGAUGCUGCUGUGUUUAAAGUCUUAGACAGUGCAGAGGAUGGUGUCAGGAAUAUAUGGAGACUACAGAGCAUUCAGAGCAAGCUUUGAUUAUCCAGAGCCAAUAAUAUAAUUCUGAACGUUUAUGAUUAUUGCAAAUGUACUGGAUACUUGAGAAUGACUAUAUAACUUUCUUAUCUUUCCGGAUAAGGUUGGUUGGAAAAGGCACAGGGAUGGACAUUAGGUUAUUAGCUUGAUUGAUUUAUUUGUGCAGCCUGCACAAAAAUCCCACUUAAAUUACAAAACCCAAUUAUUAUUAUUAUUUAAAUAGGUUUUAUGUAGAAAAAGGCAGGUAAACAUAAUGCCUGGUCAAGAUGAACUAGUCAGUGAUGGCAAGGGAGAAAAUGAAUUGUGCCAAGGUUUUAUUAUCUAAUACAGUGCAUUGUAAUUCUAAUUGUUUUGUAACUCUUUAUGGCCUCAGUGAUGCAUUUUCCAUUUGGCUCAGUUAAAUUCUUUAAUAUUCCUACCAUAAAGUAAUGAAGACCUUUUUAAUUUCUUGAUUUUUAUCUAUUUACAACUGAACACUAAGCAGGGCUCUGCACUAGAUCACUAAUAUAUAAAAUGCCAACCAUCAACCCAGAAACAAUGCAGUGUUAUAGUUUAGACCAGGAGCUUUCUUGUGCACAUUCUUCAUAAUGACUUUGAAAAUGUGUAUCUACU